AUGAAAAUCAAAGCAGCGGUGGGGAGCAAUGACAAUGGAGCCUUCUCUUCAUGGGUGGAGGGAAGCGACCCUUGUGGCGAUGGCGUUUGGCUGCACAUCACAUGUGAUUGGUCACAAUCAAACCCCGUCAGCAACAAGGAUGCGACCAAUUACGCAGUCGUCGUGACCUUAGAUCUAACGAACCUGAACAUCGCCGCGCCGUUUCCCACAGACAUAACGAGCCUGACGAACCUUGUCACUCUGAAGAUUGGUGGGAACCGUUUUGCUGGGGAUCUGACCAGCGUAAACUUCAGUCGAUUGUCUCAGUUGCAAAGCUUGAUCCUGGACAACAAUUCACUUUCUGGGACGAUUCCAAAAUCUUUGGCCCUUCUGCCGUCUCUAACUUCGAUCAACGCGGCAAACAACGGUUUCAACGGGAUUGCCAACGAACUAAGCGCCCUCAAGAAGCUGAAAACUCUCACUCUUUCAAACAAUCCGCUUGGGGGUCAAGGCAUUCCAUCGUUCUUGGACGGCUCAUUCACGGCCCUGACCGACUUGCAGCUGCAGAUCAACCGACUCACUGGAGUGAUUCCUGACCAGAUUGGCAACAUGAAGACGUUGCGUGACGUGCAACUGCAGAACAACCGUCUAUUGGGGUCGAUUCCGGAUCUCAGCAAGCUCAACAGUUUGGUGCUUUUGGACCUUAGCCAGAACUCUCUUGGGGCGGUAGAUGAGAACGGAAGCCUCAAUACCACUAGUCCGAUCGGGAUUCCCGCUUCUCUGAGCAACCUUCAGGCCCUGCAGCACUUGGAUCUCAGCCAGAACAAGCUUUCAGGCCCAGUCCCGGACCAGCUCGCAUAUCUAAAUAGACUGCUUCAUCUCGAUCUCUCAAACAACAAGCUCACUGGACCCGUGCCCACUUCCUUCACCAACAUGAGGAAUCUUCAAAGCAUCAAUCUCGGAGGCAAUCAGCUUGGAGGCGCAGUCCCCAGCUUCUUCAAGAAUAUGACCGCGCUUCAGGAGAUCUCACUGAACGGGAAUUCGUUCACCGGCAGCGUGCCACUCUCCAUAUUCCAGGGCCCGUCCAUCAGAGCGCUGGAUCUGAGUGACAACUCGUUUGGGGGGCCUUUACCAGUCUGCCUCACCACUCUCGACCUGACUUUCCUCAACCUGGACAACAAUCAGCUGUCAGGCACAUUGCCCCUCGAGCUGGGAAACCUUUCGAGAUUGGAGAUACUAGGCUUGGGAUACAACAACUUCACGGGAGAGGUUCCGAGCACUAUAUGCAACGGGCUCAAGAACAUGAAGGCUCUCGACAUCUCGAACAAUCGGCUGACGGGGAACCUCACAAACAGCUGUUUGUUCGAUCGUGUCAGAUACCCUGAUCUCCACCUCUGGUACGACAACAACUUCUUCACGUGCUCCGCCGACAGCUCAUGUCCUCCAUCCCUAGUCGCCAACCCGUUCAAGAAUCUCACCCUGGGCGUCGACCCUCAGAUUGCCAGCUCGCUUCUUGCGCUGGCCCCGGCACCAUCACCCGCUGGAUUUUUGACGACCGGACCUGUUCGCAACGGAACGAAUCAGCAGGUAGCCCCGCCGCCAGCGGCACCGGCAUCUGGCGCGACAAAAAGCUUCAUUGCAAGUGCCAGUAUCUUCGUGGUCAUUGCUGGCCUGGUAGCGUUAGUUUUUUGA